AUAUGUCCAGUCCACCCCCUCAAUCCUACCUCCUUCCCUCUCUCCGGUACUUUAUCCAUAACCAAAAUCUUACAAGACAAUUUCUUGCCUAUUACCGAAAACACAGGAAAUAAAACGACCUUGAUGGCUCGCUCUCUCUCUGUUUCUCUUACAAAAACAUACUACCUCACACCGUCACCAUCACCAACGAGAUGUUCUUCUCGUUUACUUACUCUUAGAGCCCAAUCAAACAUUCCCAACAGGAACAACCAAUCAGAAUCUGAUGAUUCUUCUUCUUCAUCAUCCACAGACCCUUUGCUUAGAAAGCUAGAAGAUGCAAUCCAUGGGAUCAUUGUGCGCCGUGCUGCGCCUGAUUGGCUCCCUUUCUUGCCUGGAUCUUCUUAUUGGGUCCCACCUCCCAGAUCUGCAUCUGGCUCUCUUGGGAUUGCUCACCUUGUUGAGAAAUUGGCUAAUCCUUUGUCUGAUGAGGAGUCUCUUUCUACCUCUACUGUUAGAGGAUGGCCCUCCUCUGAUUAUUUUGUUAAAGGUGCAUCUCCACAACUGGCGGAGGUAAAGUUGAAUUCAAAGAAAGUAGAGGCAGAUACUACCUCAAGUAACACGUCACAAUCUGAGGAUGAGGAAGGAUAGGUCAUAUUCCUUAGAAAAUUAGCAUCCAGGCUUAUCCGAACAUGUGAAUUUCAUGUAGAAUCAGGAAAAGCGAAACAAGCGAAACACCAACUGAAUCACAAUUUGAUCAACUAGAGCUGUUCGGAUGUGACUUGGUGAAGUAGCAAUAAGUUUAGUUAUUCCUGAAUGAAUUAUGCCUAGAACUUUAUUAUUCACAAAUGUAUUCUGUAGUUAAUAACGUUACUUAAAACUAUGUUGUUUGUGAUGCCCUUUCUAUUUUGCUGGACCUGUUCUUUUUUUUUUUUUUUUUUUAAGUUCAAUUGCAUGCUUUUGUACAUAUGUUUUAAGCUAAUAACAUGGUGAUCUUACUCUCCUUCUCCCUCUCUCUCUAGAUUUAAUGUAUUGCUAGCUAAUUUCGGCAGUUUACUGCCAAUAUUUAAUUUCUUUUUAUUUAUUACCUGUACAUGAACAAUAAGAAAAAGGCGUAAUCAAGCAAUCAAACAGCUAGCAUUCACUUAUAUCCUCUCUCCUCUCCCACUUGGUUUCUGAUUGUUGUGCUUAUGCUUCAUGUUUUGUGGAUAUCUCUUUACUUCAUGGUCCUGGCAAUUCUUGGUGUCUCUGCUAUUGAAGACUGCUUGGUAUACUAGUACUGUGGCCUCUUAACCAAAUGCUCAUGCUUCAAGAGGUCUUUGUAGUUGCUCUCAAUCCCUAUGUGCUGUUGGAGGUGUUAGAGCUGCUGUCGUACUGCCCACCGUCUUUGUCACUUAUACUUCAAAUCUUUAUAUCUUUAUUGUCACUCAAACUUCAAAUUUUUGUAUCAUUAUUGAUGGCAGUGCUAAUUUGGAUGCUCUUUGAUAUUUGAUUCAAGAAAAAUGUGAUUCAAAUCCUGUGAGUGCUUGUUUAUUGGAUAUGGAUAUGCUAAUGACUGAAUAUGGUAAUGGAUCUUUAUUGCUAUGUCCUUGAUGAUAUUUCAUUAAUGACAUUUUAUCACUUGAUGUAAUUUCAAUGACUUGCGUGUCAUAUGGUUGGGUCUUCUGCUGCAGCUCAUUUUUUCUCUCAGUGCUGCUGUUUUUGGUGCUGUGAAGGUUCUUUGUGUUCUGUGAUGGCUGGAGGUCUCUGGAUAUGUCCAGUGCUGCAACACUGUUUCUACCAUGCUUUGUUUCAUGCUGGUUGAUUACGGGUAGGAUUUUUAUCCUUCUUUCGCAGCCAGGAUGUGCUAUCCAUAACCUUAUUAUUGACAUCUAUUAUUAUGGGUUUGAAAUAGGCUACUGAAGUGGUGAAAUUUAACGCUACAUGGUCUUCUCUUGUUGCUGCUAAGGAAAAAAGACGUGAUGAUCUUGCCGCUGAAAAUAAAAUUUUGAAGAAUGCCAUAUUGAGAAUUAAGAGCUGAGUUGCUUUGGUACCAGCACUUGCACCAAAUACUUGGGCUGCUGCAAUAGCAUCUAUGGAACCAAACUCGAUCAAUCAAACCCUUUAGCCAAUGCUGGGGGUGGUUCAAUGCUCACGGCAUUCCNNCUCCAUUUAAUUAUAUGCUGCCCAAUCACGACUUUUUCAAUAACAUCAACCCAACAUAUCCAACAACUGGUGGUGUUGUAGCAGGAGCUGGAGCUGACAACAGGAUGUAGUGGCAUUGGCAUCUGCUGCUGCUGGCAGGAUUGUUGCAUUUAGUUUUAUUGCUUUAGCAGUUUUCAGUCUUCGAAAUUUUUCACAUAACAUGAACCUCAACUAGUGACUGGUUGUGUUUAUAUGAUUACAACUUAUAUUAAUUCUUAGUAUUUAGUAUGAUAUUUGAUGAUCAAA